AUGACUCCCCGCUGGGUCUUUUCCACCGAGAGCGGCGUCUUUUCCGACCUCUCCGACCUGAGGCAUCAGUACGCCGGCCACAAGGUCACCACGCAGCCGCAUCUCGGGCUGGUCCCGGGCAAGAAGUAUCCCUCCGACGACGCGAGCUCGCCUGACCAGCGGGACUGGGUGCGGUUCGCGGCCUAUGUCAAGUGGCUCAACGAGACGACGCCGGAAAAUGUGAUGUACAAGGUGCUGUACCUGACGCGCCACGGGUAUGGGUAUCAUAAUAAGAAGCAUGCCGAGGUGGGCACGGUUGAGUGGGAUAGUAAAGUGUCGUUUUUAAACGGCGACGAAAAGGAGACUUGGUUCGACGCCCAUCUCACCGACGUCGGCAUCCAACAAGCCCGCGAUCUCAACACCUUCUGGACCGACCUCAUCGCCACCGACGGCGCGCCGCUCCCGCAAACCCUCUUCACCAGCCCGCUCGCACGCUGCCUGCAGACAACCGAGUACAUAUUCGGGCCGCUGAUGGUCGCCCACAGCCAGCCCUUCCAGCCCAUCGUCAAGGAACUCCUCCGCGAGCGCAUCACGCUGCACACGUGCGACCUGCGCCGCCCGGCAUCGUGGAUCCGCGAGAACUACCCGGCGUACGAGCUGGAGGACGGGUUCGCCGAGGCGGACGGCUUCGGGCGCGACGGGCACGCCGAGACGGACGACGAGCACGUCGCGCGGAAGCAGGCGGCGCUGGAGGACAUUUGGAGCCGCGAGUGCGGCGACGUGGUGUCGUUGACGGUGCAUUCGUAUGCGAUCCGUGCCAUUCAGGCGGCGUGUGGCGGGAAGACGUGUCGGACGAGAGAGGGCACGUCGAUUGCAAUUUUGGUCAGGGGGCAGAGGAGCGUGGAUGAUGAGUGA